UGGAUAUCACCUCUGAUGAGUUCAUCUUGGAUGAAGUGGAUGGGUGUGGAUCUUCGACACUAUUCAAAGCAGGUGGAGCUGGAGCUGCAGCAGAUUGAGCAGAAAUCAAUCCGGGACUAUAUCCAAGAGAGUGAAAACAUAGCAUCUCUGCACAAUCAGAUCACAGCCUGUGAUGCCAUCCUGGAGCACAUGGAGCAGAUGCUGGGAGCUUUUCAGAGUGACCUCAGCUCCAUCAGCUCUGAGAUCCAGACCCUUCAGGAACAGUCAGGGGCCAUGAACAUCUGACUUCGUAACCGACAGGCAGUUUGGGGAAAACUUGGGGAACUCAUCGAUGGGCUGGUAGUGCCCUCUGCUCUGGUCACAGCAAUUCUGGAAGCUCCAGUGACAGAGCCCAGGUUCCUGGAGCAGCUACAGGAGCUGGAUGCCAAGGCAGCUGCAGUCAGAGAGCAGGAGGCGAGAGGCACCGCUGCCUGUGCAGAUGUCAGAGGCGUGCUCGACCGGCUCCAGGUCAAGGCAGUGACGAAGAUCCGUGAGUUCAUUCUCCAGAAGACAUACUCCUUCAGAAAGCCGAUGACCAACUAUCAGAUCCCCCAGACAGCCCUGCUGAAGUACAGGUUUUUCUAUCAGUUCCUGCUGGGCAAUGAGCGUGCUACAGCCAAGGAGAUCAGGGACGAGUAUGUAGAGACACUGAGGAAGAUCUACCUGUCGUACUUCCGCUCCUAUGUGGGACGGCUCAUGAAAGUGCAGUAUGAGGAAGUUGCUGAGAAAGAGGAUCUAAUGGGUGUAGAAGACACAGCAAAGAAAGGAUUCUUCUCGAAGCCGUCCCUCCGAAGCAGGAACACCAUCUUUACCCUGGGCACCCGUGGUGCUGUCAUCUCACCGGCCGAGCUCGAGGCCCCCAUCCUGGUGCCCCAUACUGCCCAGCAUGGAGAGCAGAGGUAUCCGUUUGAAGCCCUCUUCCGCAGCCAGCACUAUGCCCUCCUCGACAAUUCUUGCCGUGAAUAUCUUUUCAUCUGUGAAUUUUUCGUCGUCUCUGGCCCAUCUGCACAUGACCUGUUCCACGCUGUCAUGGGCCGCACACUUUCUAUGACACUGAAACACCUGGAGUCCUACCUGGCCGACUGCUACGACGCCAUUGCUGUUUUUCUCUGUUUCCACAUUGUUCUCCGGUUCCGCAGCAUUGCAGCGAAGGGUGACGUCCCUGCCCUGGACAGGUACUGGGGGCAGGUGCUUGCCUUGCUGUGGCCUCGGUUUGAGCUGAUCCUGGAGAUGAAUGUCCAGAGUGUCCGCAGCACUGACCCCCAGCACCUUGGGGGACUGGACACUCAGCCCCACUAUAUCACACUAUGCUAUGCUGAGUUCUCCUCUGCACUUGUCAGCAUCAACCAGACCAUCCCCAAUGAACGCAGGCUGCAGCUCCUGGGACAUCUACAGGUGGAGGUGGAGAAUUUUGUCCUCCGAGUGGCUGCAGAGUUCUCUUCCAGGAAGGAGCAGCUUGUGUUUCUCAUCAACAACUAUGACAUGAUGCUGGGCGUGCUGAUGGAGCGAGCUGCUGACGACAGCAAAGAGGUGGAGAGUUUCCAGCAGCUGCUCAAUGCUCGGACACAGGAGUUCAUCAAAGAGUUGCUGUCUCCCCCUUUCGGGGGUCUGGUGGCCUUUGUGAAGGAGGCUGAAGCCUUGAUUGAGCGUGGGCAGGCUGAGCGGCUCCGAGGGGAGGAAGCCCGAGUCACUCAGCUGAUCCGUGGCUUUGGUAGUUCCUGGAAGGCGUCAGUGGAGUCCCUGAGUCAGGACGUAAUGCGGAGUUUUACCAACUUUCGAAAUGGAACCAGCAUCAUCCAGGGGGCGCUGACCCAGCUGAUCCAGCUGUACCACCGCUUCCACCGGAUGCUGUCCCAGCCCCAGCUCCGCGCGCUCCCUGCCAGGGCCGAGCUCAUCAAUAUCCAUCACCUCAUGGUGGAGCUGAAGAAACACAAGCCGAACUUCUGACUCAGACACACCGGGCCCUAAGCUACCAUGGACUCUGCAGGGCCCACACUGUCACCUGGGAUCCCUUUCCUGUUCCUGUUGUCUCCAAGACUUCCACACACCUCACUC